UCAAUUAUCGACUCCCUUCACUGGCUUCGACCCUCUCAAAUCCGAACAAAAGAUGGAACAUCAUGCGCAUGGUCUGUGUUCAAUAAUCCACAACCAUCGGACAUUGAACAAGGUAAUCUAGUUGGAGAUUGCUGGCUCUUGUCUGCAAUGGCUCUGAUUGCUGAGAAACCAGAAGUUCUUGAUGCUAUUAUUCCGAAAAAGCAGUACUCGAAGCAUGGAGUUUAUCAGGUCAAAGUAUGUGUGGAAGGAAAAUGGGAAGUAAUAAUUGUUGAUGAUUUCUUCCCCUGCUAUCGAAACACCAACUCUAUCGCUAUAGCUGUCGGCCGUCGGAAUCAACUAUGGGUUCCACUGAUCGAGAAAGCUAUGGCAAAAGUCCUGGGGAGCUAUUCCAAACUUCAUGGUGCAUCGUUAGCAAGAGGACUCUCUAUGCUCACUGGAGCAUCGUGUGUGAGGUACAAGUGUCCUCAAACUCUAAAAAUCGACGAAGAAGUUGACACAUUUUGGGCUCAAUUGGUCAGCUCACAAGAAUCUGGAUUUCUGACGUGUUGCCAUUGUGGACCAUUUGAAAGUGAAGAAGCUGAGGCGGAAUUUAAAGCAUUGGGAUUAGUAACAAGUCAUGCAUAUUCUAUUCUAGAUGUCGUUCAUGAGCAAGGCCAUCGAUUACUUCGAAUUCGAAAUCCGUGGGGACAAUUUGUUUGGAAUGGUAAAUGGUCGGACGGGUGGCUCGAGUGGCCUAUAGACAUGAAACGCGCAUUAUUGGAUAAAAGAAGUGAUGAGACUGGUGCAUUUUGGAUGGAUUUACAAGAUUUCGUCAAACGGUUCGCAUCGGUAACUGUUUGUAAACUGAGAAUGGAUUGGAGUGAGCUUCGUGCAACACAAGAAGUUGGGCGCCAUGCUGAUUCAGCAUUGCAGAUUGUGAUUACCGAGCAGCUAUGUGAAGUAUCAGUUACGGCAUUUCAAAAAGGAUCCUUCAGCAAAGAAGAUAAUCUGACUGAUCUCAUGGUCUGUGUGCACAAAAUAUCUGAAGAUGGACGUAUUGGGGAAUUAAUAAAAAUGUCCUAUGAGAUCGCUGACAAUCACUUUACAAUUGACGAAUUCUUCCUGCCACGAGGAGUCUAUCAAGUUGUCUGUCACAGUCCACACUCCUUAGUGACAAAUACAACAGGCGUGGUGAAUAUAAUUGUGCACACACGUUUUCCAAUAUUUGGUGAAAGUGUUCCAAUGUCACCUCUUACGAGAUUGGAGUCGUUGCAUCGUGUAAUAAUUGAAGAAGGAGUUGUACAAAAUAUUAAACUUGACGGAGUUGUCAUCAGAACUUUGAACCAAAAGUUUAGAGGAUCGAUCACGAUGGUAGAUAAUUAUAUGGAACAAAAGUACUUACAUGUCAAAGUUGACAAUUCUAAAUCAAUGAAUGUUCAAUCUUCACGAGGGUCCCUUCUAAUAGCCGACGUUGUUCCUCCGCGCUCUCGUCAAGUGAUAGCAGUUCUAUCGACCAUCGAUGAUUGCGCAGAAUAUAAGACUGCCAAUUCUUACUGGCUCCGUACCAAUAAAUCAACAAGUCUUUUGCCAGAUUGGUGAGAGGAAGCCAACUUGUCGGAGCCUAACCUGCACCACAUUCCUGUUUUGGAUACGACUUCUUUUGAUCCUAUUCAUUCGAUUGUUUCUGUUGACUGAUUUUGAAUUUAUUUUGCUCGCAAUGUUUUCGAGGAAAUGCUAUAAUAUUAUUUUUGAGACAUACAAAUUUUAAUACUUAUUUUGAAACUUCUAUUAUAUA